AGUACGACCGGAAGCUAGCCAUAGAAGCGAGUGGCUAGAGCGGCCCUGCGGGGAGGUGGCAGGAAAGGCUGGGAGCCGCUGCCGGAGGUGACGGAGCGACCGCCCCGCCCCGUGCGCUGGAAGACCGAGGCUUCCAGGUAGCUGUCGGUCGCAGUCUGUCCAGGGGUACGACCUGGCCUUGGGCGCAGCCCCGCGGAUCCGGGGCUGCCUCUUUAAGGGAGGGGGUGGAGCCACGAGUGAGGAGCGAGAAGCUCCAGAAAACUUGAGGCCAGAGCCCCGCACCUCGGUGCAGCCAUGAGUGCGGAGGUGAAGGUGACAGGGCAGAACCAGGAGCAGUUUCUGCUCCUUGCCAAGUCGGCUAAGGGGGCAGCACUGGCCACACUCAUCCACCAGGUGCUGGAGGCCCCUGGCGUCUACGUGUUUGGGGAACUGCUGGAUAUGCCUAACGUUAGAGAGCUGGCAGAAAGCGACUUCGCCUCGACGUUCCGGCUGCUCACAGUGUUCGCCUAUGGGACCUAUGCUGACUACUUAGCUGAAGCCAGGAAUCUUCCCCCUCUUACUGAGGCUCAGAAGAAUAAGCUUCGACAUCUGUCAGUUGUCACUCUGGCUGCCAAAGUCAAGUGUAUCCCAUAUGCAGUGCUGCUGGAGGCCCUUGCCCUUCGGAACGUGCGCCAGCUGGAGGACCUCGUGAUCGAGGCUGUGUACGCCGACGUCCUGCGUGGCUCUCUGGACCAGCGCAAUCAGCGGCUAGAGGUGGACUACAGCAUCGGACGGGACAUCCAGCGCCAGGACCUCAGUGCCAUCGCCCAAACCCUGCAGGAGUGGUGCGUAGGCUGUGAGGUUGUGCUGUCAGGCAUUGAAGAGCAAGUCAGUCGUGCCAACCAGCACAAGGAGCAGCAGCUGGGCUUGAAGCAGCAGAUCGAGAGUGAGGUUGCCAACCUUAAGAAAACCAUUAAAGUUACCACAGCAGCCGCUGCUGCGGCUACUUCACAGGAUCCUGAGCAACACCUGACAGAGCUGAGGGAACCGGCUCCUGGCACCAACCAGCGCCAGCCCAGCAAGAAAGCCUCAAAGGGCAAGGGACUCCGAGGGAGCGCCAAGAUUUGGUCCAAGUCGAACUGAAAGGACUUGUUUCUUCCCUGGGAGUGUGGGGUCCCAGCUGCCUACCUGCCUACCCCUUAGGAGUCCUCAGAGCCUUCCUGUGCCCCUGGCCAGCUGAUAAUGCUAGCUCAUGACUUUUCAUCUCCUCACCCCCAAGCAUAAGCCACACCCUCUGUGGGAGGAGGCCCAUCGGGGUCAUGUUAUGUUAGUACUUCUUCCCCACCACGCUUGCCCUCACUGUCUUCAGCACCAUGUUUGCCCAUUACCCUGUCAUUGAGCAGGUCGGCAGUCCUACGGAGGGUGCUGGCUCUUCACUACAUACCUGCCCCUGCAUGCCUGAUCCGCAGUCCCUCCUCCCCUUGCCUAGUGGGCUGCGGCUGGAAAGCCAUGGGGAAGGGGGUCUCCACCUUCAUCCCAGCCUUAGAGUUCUGGAGCCAGUCUGCUGCCCUGGGAGUUGCUGGACAUUUUCCUCCCAGAACCCCAUCACACUACAGUUGUUUCUUGUCCUCUCUCAUCUCCUUGGGCCUGGGGAUACUGCUGCUUCAGUGACCCCAGAGCCUGAGAACAGCUAUUUUUGAGAUGUUAAGAAAUGGUUCUUUGUUAGCUAAUCAUUUUAGGAAGCCCGAUGGAAAUCCUGGAAGGAUUGAUAUUUCCUCCUGUGGUUUUGGUGGGGAAGGAAAUAUAGAUUGUAUAUUAAAAAUAAAAAGUAUAUAUGCAUAGGUCUAUAUAUAACAUGACACAGAAAUAAAUCUAUGAGAAAUCUAUGUACAAAAAUGCCAGGAA